AUUUUUCACAAAAUAAUUUUGCGGAUCAGAUUGCUCUGAGCGCUUGUGUGGAAAAUGUUGUUUACCAAGAAAAUGCAGCCCUGUUGGUUUUUAUUUCUGUAUCGCAUCGCGGUGAGUUUAUAUUUCUUGUUUGUGAAAUGGCAAAAAAUUAAAUAAAUUUAUGAUUUCAUGUAUUUACAAUUGAUUAAUGCAAAUUUCUUUCUGUUCCGAACAUAUAUCAAUUGAAUUGGAAGAUGAAGAAGUGUACACAAGUUUGGAAAAUGAGAACAUGAAGCUAAAGGAUCGAUUAGCAAUUUGGAGUAAGGUUAUUGUUGCAGAAGAAAACGCUGCAACCAUUGCAGUUGUUGCAAAAUAUGUGCCAGCAGUAGUGCCCACCGCCGUCGGUGCAAUGAGGGCUGAGCAAACGCCAUCUCCUGGGCAUUCCCACAGCUUGCCGACACCAGUUAUUAUAUCACAUGUGAAUGCAACUUCAGCUAAAUUUGGUUAUUAUCAGUGCAAUAGUAUCUUGCCUUGGGCAAAAGCACUACAGACUGCUGGCACAAAUAAAUCGCCCAGAGAUAUAGCCAACGAAAUAAAUAAACAUGAUAUACAAUCGCCACCUGUGGUUAUGUUAAUGCAAAAAUUUAUAAAAAUUUGUUUAUAUCCAAUGUAGGGAUUAUGCUGUUCAUGUGAUUUCCAACCUCUUACGGUCUAGCGUUAACCUACCAACUUGCCACAAGCAACGUAUCACAUAGAUGCACAUUGGUCAAUUACGUUUGACAAUUAUUGGAGAGUCCACUUGUCGUUUGUUAGUGUUUCUGGGGCACGAUAUUCUACGCGUCAAUCACUUAGGCGAUUGGUGAACACAUUUCGUUAUGCUGAUUGUGCACUUAGAGGACCGCUUCCCAAAUUUUCUGGACGAUUGGAGAUUUGAAAGACUUAUACAAGGAAUCAAAAAAGAGAUUUUACGCUGCUGCCUUGCAGCAACCCUAAUCCUACUGAAUCAUGGACUCAAAUAUGUGAUGUAUCCAGUGAAGAAUUCCAUAAGUGUUAGCUUUUUCGUAGAUUUUAUGAAAACCCGGACUACUAUGGAUUCUGCGAUAGCCACCAAUAUGUAUUAUCCUUGGGCAAGAUGCUGGAGAAUCGCGGCAACACAGCCGUAUACCUACUCCAUGCUUUUACGCGCAUCCUCUAAAAUUGCCUGUAAAAUCGUCUAAUGUAAAUACCGUAUUAACAACAAAAAUGCACAAUAAAAACGUUUAGUUAUUUGAAUAAAUAAGAGUGUGCCAAUGUAAUUAAUAAGUAGUGUCUAGAUGUAACCCGGGUAUUUAGUAUAGUAAAGAUAUGUUUAUUUAAAAAUUAUAUGAUACAGAGUUUUGUGUAUGUAAUUUAAUUGUCCGGCUAUUCACUCGACCCUC